AUGAGCUAUCAUCGGCCGACCUUUGCUCCUCUGCCGUCUUAUGGCGGCUCCUCGUCGUCCAGCAGGAACACGCCGAGUCCAAACGCAGGGCGAGGUUUCAUGAAUGGCACCGAGCACCUAUUGCCGUUGCAUUCCAGCGGAUCCACGCCGUCCCCUUUGGCUUCCCCUGGAGUACCCUUGUCUGCUCAGCCUAUGCUAGGGAGGCGCAUGGACGGCAGCAGCGAUCGACGCAAUGGCGGGCAGAGGCACGGUGCUCAGAGGUUACCAGACCCACCGUCUGAUGAGUAUGCGUACAUCGAUCCUUAUUCACAAGGUCGGCCAAACGGCAGGCCGACUGUUCGAUAUCAAGACAAUGACGCGCAUUCAGGCCCGACAGGGUUUGGUCAGGCAAAUCGUGCAGCAGGCCUGCGCGGUGAUCUCAGGAACGACGGCGGCGCACAAGCCAGGAGGCGGCCGACGGUACGCGAACGGAGAGAAGGCCUACAACAAGUCAUGAACAAUGCUGCACCAGGCCGGACGGGCACAUUAUCUCGCGGUCUGACGAGGGGAAAGACGCUCAUCCGGCCAGAGCGACACGUCGCGCCCACGCCGCUCAUCAAUCCCACCGCUGCUCUGUCUUCGCAGCUUGCCAUGUCCUCCUCGACAUCGAACCCAUUCCGGUUCAUAAGGCAGUUGUUCACGGGUGACGAUGGCACGAGUCCGCUCUGGCGCGCUUACUGUUGGAUCGUGACCUGCUGGGCGCCUGCCUGGCUGCUAUCACUCCUUGGCAAGACCGAUCCCGUGGCGCGGCAAGCUUGGCGCGAGAAGAUGGGCUUGUGUAGCAUAGCUGUCAUCAUGGGCGGCAUCGUCGGCUUCGCGACCAUCGGGCUCAAUCGUGUCCUUUGUCCUGCUCAAGGCUCUUCGACGCCAAAUACAUUCAUCCGCCUGGGCGAGAAUCCUGAUCUCGUAGGGAUCAACGGGUGGAUGUUCAAUGUCACGAGCCAGGCAAAGGCAACUAACGGCGUCAAUUUUGUGACGCUGUCCAAGCAAAUGUCUGGCCUUGACGUUACAGACUACUUCGAUAGGUCCAAGACGGCUUUUGCGAGCUGCUCCGGUGACGCAAAAUACGUCACUACCUCGCUUUGCAUUGGCACCGGCAGUAACACGACCUGUCCUCUUGCCGCACCCACGCCCGCCUACUUGUCCGGCCUAGGAUUGCUCAACACGAGCAGGCAAGUCGGUAUGGCUUGGGAGCAAGUCACUAGCGACGAUAACAGCAUCGUCAUAGACGGUAACGUGCUCAAUCUCGAGCCAUACCUAAACGCAAACCCUACCGCAAUAGACGGCGAUCAUAUCGAUGCCGCCAUACGAUACACACUCUCGCCGACGCAGUCAACGGGCGGCAAGGAUGCUACGCGCCUCUUCUAUCGGACGAGCGAGCUACGAUCCGCCUCUGCGUGCUUAGUAGAACGCUACAAAGCCGGCCAUAUCGACAAGAUCACACCUGGCUGCUUCGCCUCACAACUCUUCUUGUACACGUCACUUUGCGUCAUCAUGGGCGUCAUUCUUGCGCGUUUUGCAAUGGCAACAGUCUUUAGCUGGUUCCUGUCGAAGAACCUUGUCAAGCCACCCAAGAAUUUGAGGCGUAAAGUCGUCUCACCCGCCGUCUUGCCGGAAGGUGCCAAUAUUGAAGUCAAUAAUCCCAACGCUACAGCGCCAUGGACAAUGACGCCGUCGCCUCAGAAGGGCGCUCGGGCUGCUCAAAGACGACCGACUCAGCCCAAGGGCACUCGGCAAGGGGCAGGCGUUGACGAGAAGCUCCGGCGGAAGAAGACCGUCGCAAAGCCAGUCGAUGGGUCGGGCAUGAUCAACAUGGCCGCCAUCGGUGCCGAGCUCUUCUGCGUCUGCUUAGUCACUUGUUACUCGGAAGGCGAGCAGAGCAUCAAGAGCACGCUCGAUUCUAUUGCCGCUACGCAUUACUCUGACGCGCGCAAAUUGCUCUUCAUCGUUUGUGAUGGCAUGGUAUCCGGCGCUGGCGAGAAGACGAGUACACCCGAUAUCUGCGUGUCCAUGCUGGAUGCAGACCCACGCUUUGGCGAUCCUUUGCCGAUGAAGUACACCGCAAUUGGGGUGGGGGGCAAGGAGCAGAACGAGGCUAUGGUCUAUGCUGGACACUACACGAAAGUGUCUGGUCACCGCACGCCAACGAUCAUCGUCGUCAAAUGCGGCACAUCAGAAGAGGCACGAGAUAAGAAACCGGGAAAUCGAGGCAAACGCGAUUCGCAGAUGGUUCUGAUGAACUUCUUCCAGCGAGUCACCUACAAUGACCGAAUGACACCGCUCGAUUAUGACCUCUUCCGCAAGACACAAGCGCUCAUGGGCGUGACACCGGACUUCUUCGAGGUGACACUCAUGGUCGACGCAGACACUAAGAUCUGGGAGGACUCGCUCACACAGCUGGUCAACUGCAUGCAACACGAUAACAUGAUCAUGGGCGUCUGUGGCGAGACGCGUAUCUCCAACAAGCGCCAGUCCUGGGUCACCGCCAUCCAAGUCUUCGAGUACUACAUCUCGCAUCAUCUAGCAAAAGGUUUCGAGUCUGUCUUUGGCGGCGUGACAUGUCUGCCGGGCUGCUUCUCCAUGUACCGACUCAAAGCGCGCAAGAUGGACGAUUCUGAUUGGGUGCCCAUCCUGUCAAAGGCGGAGAUCGUGCGGGAGUACAGCCAAAGUGUGGUGACGACGCUGCACCAGAAGAACUUGCUCCUUCUCGGCGAAGAUCGCUUCUUGACAACCUCGAUGAUUAGGACGUUCCCCAAUCGAAAGAUGAUCUUCUGUCCUCAAGCGCGGUGUCAUACCGUCGUACCUGACGCUUUCUCGGUGUUGCUCUCGCAGCGGCGGCGAUGGAUCAAUUCGACCGUCCACAACCUUAUGGAGCUCGUGCGAGUACGUAAUCUCUGCGGCACCUUCUGCUUUUCGAUGCAAUUCGUCGUCUCUCUCGAGCUCGUCGGUACUAUUGUCCUGCCGGUGGCUAUCUGCCUUACGUACAGUCUCAUCAUCAACUAUUGCUUCAACCCGCCAACCCAAUUCGCCGAUGCGAUUCCACUGAUCUUGCUGGCCGGUGUACUUGGCUUACCUGCGGUGCUCAUUGCCAUCACAUCUGGCAAGCUGGUCUACAUUCUGUGGAUGCUGAUCUAUCUCAUUGCUUUGCCGAUAUGGAACUUCGUCUUGCCCAUCUAUGCCUUCUCAAAAUUCGAUGACUUCAGCUGGGGUGAAACCCGGCGAGUGGAGGGCGAAGGCAAAGACAAGGGACAUGCGACAACAGGGGGAGCAGCUUCGACGACCAAAGUGCCUCUGCGUCGGUGGGAGGCUUGGGAGCGUAGUCGCUUGCGCAAGCUCGAACGUGAUGCCAAGCGAAUCAGAGAGUUCGAACAGAUCAAUGGUCCUGGACAGAUGAUCGACAAGGAAGCUUUUCUCCGUGCAGAUCGGCUCAGAGUCAACUCGACGACACCUUCGUAUACGAGCGAUGGAGAAGAGCAAGACCAAUUCGGGGGGCAGAUCGGGCAGUACAACGAGUAUCUGCCUGGCGAUCAGCCACCGCCUGUUGGUCUAUAUAUCGCUGGAUUAGACGACGACGCAUUUACUGAUGCAGGCACGAUUGAUGCCAAUGAGCUCGAGAUGGCUCUCGAGGGUGGCUGGGACGACGAAGAUGAGGAUGUCUACGAGAAAGAGCCUUCUUAUUCGUCUCGGCCGAGCACUGGCCGAUACGACUCUGGCGCGCAGACUCCGUUGUCGUCAGAGUCCAGCCAUCAGCAUGUUAUGCAUGCCGAUCUUGGCUCUACAGCCCAUCUACUGACUUCGUUGCCGAGGACACACGAUACCGAAGCCCAUUCGACUUCCUUCGAAGCUGCGCCUCGCGGGCAUGCUCGAAAUCGCUCGAAAGGAUCCGGUGGCCACGCAUUCUAA